UUAAUGCCAAUAGUCUUGAUCAUGAGGUUGCUUGUAGUUUUACUAGCCUUGACGGCAGUAGUCUUGGCAGAAAUUGAAGAUUAUGAUAUUGAUUUGGUACCAGACGAAUCAAGUUCGGAAAUAGAUUCUCCCAUUAAAUCAGCGGGACAAAUUCAACCGCGUUUUAUAAUUUCCUGGCAAGUUCGUCGUCAAUUGAAAAAACUUCGAAAACGAAUGCCAUGUGGAUUCCCGGAUCAAGGUGUUCCACCGUUAGCUCCAUAUCGUUUGGAAGAGUUAAAAUAUGAUCUCAAAACGUCACUUGUUGAAACUAUCAAUGAUAUCUUCCGUUUUAAAGUCGAUGGCUUGGAUAACUUCAAAAUCAAGAAAUUUACCCUAAACAUCAUCAAACGUAGGGUACAAUUUAAUUUCCUAUUUAAGAAAAUUCGUCUAACUGGAAAGUACAACACAAAUACCCUCGUCAAAGCUUUAAAUGAUCUUGGCGUAAAUGUUCGUUAUGAGGGUCAAGGUGAUCUUGAUUUUAGUUUGGAAAAAUUACAAGUCUCAGGAAAUUUGAAGUACAAGCUACCUAUUCUAAUUGGAUCAGCAAAAAUUACUGAAUUCUAUGCUACAGUGGAGGUGGGAAAUUGUAAAUCGAAUAUAACUGGACUGGCUGGUGAAGGAAAAUAUAAUCGAUUUUUAAAUGAUAAACUUGAAAGUUCAGUGGUUAGUGGAAUUAAUGACAAUAAGGAUGGAGUUAGUGCUAAAAUUGAACAGGCGUUUGUACCAAGAGUGAAUAAAGCAUUGAAGGGUACUAAUUUCUGGGAUAUUUGGGAUUAUAUCUUUAAUAGUGGCUCAAAGGAAGAGGAGGAGGGAAGUGAUGUUGAUGAUGAUAUUUGUAUACCACCUCCAGAUCCAUGGGCUUAAAUGGAGAGAAUUUUUUGUUAAAUGUUUUGAAAUAAAAGUUUUUAUCUGUGUUAAAA